AUGGACUUUUUCUUUGAAUUAUCAAUAAUUUGUCAAAAUUUAGAGAAAAUCUAUGUUAAAUUGUUAUAUUGUAGUUAUGACAAUGAAGGUUUAGCCACCUUGAUAGCAUUUCAGAAAAGAUUAAAAUCAGUAGAAUUCACUACAAAGAGCAAAUAUGAAUACAAGAAAUUGGGAAAUGUAUUAGGUACUCAAGCAAAGACUUUAACUCAUUUGAAAUUCUCUGGGAAUAUUUAUGUGAAUUCAAAAUCAUUAAAUCUCUUGACCAAUCUAAAAAUAUUAGAAGUAUACUUUCAUACCUUUAGAAAUUUGGGAAUUGGCAUAUUGCAUUAUGUUACGUUCCCUUGCCUUGAAGAAUUGAUAAUCAUUUAUCCUUUUGAACAGCCCCUUGAACUGUAUGUGAAAUUAAAUGAGGGUACCAAGGGUGAUUUGAGAAAAUUUUGUUCAAAGCUUGAAUUUGUGAAAAUUUGGUUUGAUAAUGUAAGUGAAUUGGAAAAUAUUGAAACAAUUUUAACUUGUUUACGGUCAUUGAAAUGUCUUACCAUAGAUUCUAUUUACCAUUAUAGUGAACUGGGUAGAUGUCAUGCUAAAGUUAUUUUUGAUUUAUUGGUUGAAAAAUCCGGUCCUCAUUUAUUUGAAUUAUAUUUGAAUGGUUUGUGGGAUUUCUCUGAAGAUGAAUUAGAAGGAUUUUUAAGUGAUUGGAAAAAGAAAGGAAGAUCACCUUUAUCAAUACACUUUGAUACAGAUGAUGUGGUCUUUGAUCAGCAUGUUGACAUCUUUAACAAAUAUCAUGAUUUAGGUGUUUUAUCAUUUUGGGAAUCAUAUCACUUAAAUUCAAAUUGA